AUGUCGCCGGCCGCCCUUCAAGUCAAUCCGUCCUCCAAAUUACCCUCGCCCGGCUUCAAUGCCGGUGCGCGACCAUACCGCUCCCACAAAGUUCGCGCGUGUGACCUCUGUCGCAAGCGCAAGUCCCGAUGCACUGUUGAUAUCCCCGGUCAAAGCUGUCUACUGUGUCGCGUACAGGGCGCUGACUGCCACUACCAAGAGGAACCACAAGGGGAUACUCCAGUGUUGAGCGCCACGGAAUCUAAGCCGACGUGGUCGGGAGCUCAGCCGAUUGAGCCAGUAUCGGGCCAAAAGCGCAAGCGCAGUCCGGACCGGUCACCCAAUUCGCUUCCACACAUCGCAACUCGCCAGCCGACUAAUGGACCGAGUCCUCAGGGCACAAAUUCGUCUUCCGGGCGUCGAGGAAGUGACUCGCGACGCAAGUACGACGAUGACCGCCACAACGAAUCCGUUCUCAUUGUGGGGCCAAUGGUGGCAGAAGAUGCACAAGUCAUUGAAAAGCACAUGCCUCCAGAGCGAAGUCUUUCUGAAGAAGCCAAUGGUCAACCAUACAAUAUCUACUCCAGCGAUCCUAGAAAGCCCGUACUUUACACCACUAUCUCACGGCGGCGAAAGGGUAUGAGACAGGGUGUUCCACCUGGGGAGAAUCAGAAGGAGAUUUUAGAACAGAUUUUGGGACCUUUCAAACACGAUCUCGUGAGACUAUUUAUCGACCGAUUCAACACAGCAUUCCCUAUCUUUGACGGCGAAUCGUUCUGGGAUGCUUAUAUUUCUGACACGACGGAUGAUCCUCCGGCCUCUCUUUUAUGCCAGGUUUAUUCGAUGUCACUCGUUUAUUGGAUGCACACUCCUAAACUCUCAUGCCACCCGAAGCCAGAUGUGCGAUAUGCUGUCAACAUGACUGUUGCUGCCUUACACGAGGAAUUCUCCGCCCCAGGGCUGUCUACAAUCAGCGCCGCGUUGAUCGAUUUGACUGGCCGACCUAUUUUCUCCAUGACUGGAAAUGCCGUCAGUUGUGGGCGGAUGCUUUCCUUGGCUAACUGCCUUGGUCUGAACCGAGACCCAAGUUUGUGGAAGCUUUCGGAACAAGAGAAGGAUCAUCGAAUUCGUCUUUGGUGGGGAGUCGUAAUCCAUGACCGAUGGGGUAGCUUUGGCCAUGGCGUUCCUCCUCAGAUCUCCAAGACUCAAUACGAUGUCCCCCUUCCGACCAUUGACGGGUUGGUACCGCCGAGCCUCCGCACGACUGAGCGUGUGAGAGCGGCGACCUGUCAUAUUGCUCUUUGUACAUUGACAGAAAUCCUCGGUGAAUUAUUGCCUCUGGUCUAUGGUCUUCAGGCAAAACUGGCGCGCGAGAGUUCUAAGAAGAUUAGACAAAUUCGGACUGAGUUAGACUUAUGGGAGGAUUCCCUUCCUGAUUGGUUGAGAAGCCCAGUCAAUCACAAUCGCGGAGAGCAAGUGUCCGCAUCAAGCAGCUUACAGCUAGCAUUUUUGGCUGUGAAGAUGCUUGUCAGUCGAGUUGAGUUGAAUGAGGUCAACAAUGCUGAAACAGAUAACCCCGAAGCUCGCCGUUAUUUUCAAACAGAAUGUCGACGCUCUGCAGAGGAAAUUGUACGAUUCAUUACAUCUCUUCGAAAGGAGAACUUCAAGGAAUUCUGGUUACCAUACAGCGCUUUUCACCUGACAUCGACCGCCACCCUCCUCGUUCGAUGCGCCUUUGAAACAACCGAUAGUGAAGUUGCCAGAUCAUGCCUCAGCAAUGUCGAAACCCUCCGUGCCGUACUUCGUCGCGUCCGGGAAGAAGAAGACUGGGACGUGGCCGAUAUGUGCCUUGAUCACUGCGAGCGGAUUAUGCACAGGAUUCCUGGCGCCAAUUCUUUGAUGGAUCAAUCAGUCAAUUCCGCCUUAGCCGACAACGGCCUCGUCAAUCCAGCAGCUAUUUCGCUGCCGGAGACACAAACCAACAACGACAUCGUCGAUGAUAUGAUGUCCAUAUCUAAUACAUUCGGCACGAUGGAUGGGUUCCCCUUCGAUAUGACAGGUAUUUGGGACGUUUCAGUUUUCCAAGAUGUCAACUUGUCUUAA